AUGCUGGCAGAAUCGUCGAUGAGUGAUAUUACUUUCAAAAAGGAGAAUACAUUUUGUUUCGACAGUGAAUCAUUUCGAUAUUUGGUUGCACUACAAAGUGAUGUUUCGUUCGGUUAUGAUGAAAAAACAGAAUAUGAACAUAGUUGGUCAACAUCCGUAAAAGAAUCGAAUCGUUUAAUUGAUUACAUCAACAUAAAGCUGAUAGUAUAUCGCAUGGAGAAUGGAUGGCAAUCGAUCAAGCAUGCUCAAUUUGAAAUCUCUUAUAUGAUUCGACCGAUAUUAGAAGCCAUUAGAAAUAUCCUUCGAAAUACUAUUUUAUGGAAUACAACUCAAUCGAACCAACAGAUUGAACAAACUUCGAAGCCUGUUUCUUUCAACGCUAGUCGUUGUCGUUCGUGUAAAGGUGAUCCCGACGAAGUUGGCCAAUUUUGGAUUUUACUUACUCGUUCACAUGAAAUUCAAAAUAACAGUUCUACAUGCCUGUGCAACCUCGAUCAACAUGUUCCGAUCGAGUAUAGUCUCGAAUAUAAAUGUUCGAAUCAUACUUCUACUGAUUUCGGAAAGCGAAUGGUCGAUACAUUAAAAUGCAUGUAUCAAGCGAGCGCUAUUUUUUCACAUUUCCUCAUUCAUACAGCUUUUGCUAGAAAGGAUGAUCCGUUUUUAACUGGUUUUCGAGAAAUGAUUGCGGAAGAAACGUAUUUGUGUACGAGUAAAACGCCAAACGAUUUCAAUCGACUAUUACUUCAAGAAUUAUCGGAUAUUGAAAAUAAAUAUAAGCAAGAAACACAAACAAUGAAAUCGGCCGAUGCGCGUAUUGAUUUACCAGCAAUCUAUGAAUUGAUCAGCAUCAUCGGUGGAAUUUGUUUGGUGCGUGAACAGUUAGUAGCUGUUAAAAAAAGGCAUCGAAUGAUAAUUGAACAAUACGACAAAAUGUACGGUUUACUUUUCAUUUAUCAAUUCAAAAUACAUCAACAGUUUUAUAAUGUUAACUAUUAUUUACUUGAGAAAAAAAAUCGAUUGAUCAAUUUAAUUGAUCAAAGUGAUCCUAUCUAA